CAACGACCGAGACUGUCAGAGCCAGGGCUCGAGCCAGCAACCUUCCAAUUACAAGACGAACUGCCAACUCUUGAGCCACUAUCACCCCUUGUGUAUUCCCAUGCACAUAGCGUCAUUUUAAAGUUACAAAUAAGAAAAAAUUAUCUUGUAUUUUGUGGCUAAUAUUGAAAGGAAAGGUUAAGGCUAAGGGCAAAAAUUAACUUUCUUUCUUUUUACUUGGUAAAAUGAGCUGUGUGACCUCCUCAAUACCAUUUUAAGCCUGAGUACUGAAUUUACACAUCACCUCCUAUAAGUGUAAUAUUUUGCAUCAGUUUUAAUUUGAACAAAACCCUCAGAAUGGGUUUUAAAAUGUCAAAACAACAACAUUUGGCUUGUCUAAUUUGUUUGGGCCUUUGGACAGGUGCUGUAGCCAUUUCCAUUAUAAAUGUCAGGCUAAAAUAAUCGCCUCCUGGCUUCAGUCACAAGUCAAGUCAAGUUGGCUUUAUUGUCACUUCAACCAUAUACAGUUUAACAGUACACAGUGAGGCGAAACAACGUUCCUCCAGGAACCAAGGUGCUACAUGCAACAUAAAUUUACAACAUAAAUUAACAGAAAACACUAAACUAGCUAACUAAGAGGCCUAGUUAGCUGGCUAGCAGAGACAAGAACUAAGAGGCCUAGUUAGCUGGCUAGCAGAGACAAGAACUAAGAGGCCUAGUUAGCUGGCUAGCAGAGACAAGAGGUCUCCAUAAUAAUGUAAUAUAAGCUCCUAGAGCAUUGUUUUUGUGCUGAUGUUAAUGCCGCUGGUGUUUUUGGAAUUUUGCAAAUUCUGAGUCAUAUCUACAAAUAUAACAGCAGAGCACUACUGACUCUUACACACACAUGUGCCUCAGCAACAUCCCCCACAUGCUCUGUAAUUUCACGUGGUCAACCACUUUGCGGCUAAGUUGCUGUGCUUCCUAAAUGUUUCCACUUUCCAAUAAUACCAGCUGAUUGGGGGAAGCAAUUUCACAAAUUGACUUGUUACAAAGGUGGCAGCCUGUCACAGCGCCACACUUGAAUCCAGUUAGCUCAUUAGAACAACUCAUUUUUUCACGAAUGUAAAGGCAGACUGCUUGGCUUGAUGGUUUUAUGCUCUGCGGGACUGAUAACACCUAAAUUUAAGAGGGACUGUUUCUGUCCUUUGUUGUGUGAUUACAAUUCAGUAAUGUGUCUUAUCAAUCUUUAAAAAACUAAAAUGUAGGAUUCCCCAAAAGAUCAAAUUAUAAUUUCAGGAUCUGACACUGAUAUAUCCAUGAUAAUCUAAUCUGUUUUAUCUGUCUAGUCUCUUUAACAGGAAUAAUACAGCACACUUAACAGCAUAAUACACACUAAGUUUUUCCUGUAGUCUCUUUUCUCUAUAAUUUCAACAUCAUUGUUUAAGCCCAUUCAUUUAGUCCUAACAGAAACUGGAAGUUUUCUUGAAAAACCCAAUUACGCAAGCAUUGAUUAAUUGGAUUUGAUUUUGAAAGAAGUGCUGCUAAGCGGCAUUCCCACCUUGACAAAGACAUACCUGCUAUCAUUCAGCUGGUAUGAGGAAGGAAUGCCAGCUGCCUCUCCACAAUUCCUAUAAAAUACAAAGGAAGUUAAAGAGUUGAUAAGCCACUUGUUUAAUAUUGAGAAAAGUCGCACCGUGCACACACACACACACACACACAGGGAAGUGGAUGUGGUGUAAGGUUAGUAUGAUAUGACAUUUUCAGUCCCCAUAGAAUACGAAAUAGGAUAGUGGUGGGGAAAAACCUUUUACUUAAUUGAAGUGAGGGUCCAAGCAAGGAAAUUGCAUUUCCUUUCAAAACAGCAUAAAACACACUCCCCUUGAGUCAUCUGUUGCCUUUUUUUUUUUAAAUAAACAAAGGUUAAUCAAAAGAAACCCCUAUACCUAUGUGUAUUUAUAGGAAAGGGUCUAUGAGUUGUCAUUACAGGUGCAACCACACAGGCAUGCUUAAAUGUUAGUGGUUAUUUUGGAAAGAAAACGCUCUGCAGGUAACUUCCCAGAUGUAUACGUAAAAAAAAGAAAGAAAAUGCAACAGUGAUUUUUCCAUUUGGUCAUUGCGUUUACAAAACUCAUUCAGAUAAUCCUGUUUUGUUUUUUUGUUUUGUUUAUAAUCUGGGUUUUCUCCUUUAUUUCGUUCCUGAUGAUUGUGUUCUCUUGACGCAUUCUGUGGAAGCGUCCUUUUUCUUGUUCUUCUUUAGAAGUCCCAUGACGGCUUUCUAGAUUACCUGCUCCACUUUCAGUGGCGUAUAACCAUAUUUAAACAUUUUAGGGGUUGCAGUUCUGUUUUACAGAAGUUUCUGUAUCAUUAGUUGGCUUUACUUCCCCCCCAAAGUGGUUAGUGUGAUCACACAAUCAUCAGAUUACAGCAUGGAUUUUGUACCGAAUGAAUUGUCGUCUUCAACACAGCUAAAUUAAUCAAGCUUAACAAAAGAGGAGAGCCGGGUGGAAAGCUAGUGGUAAUCCAUUUAUUUUGAUCAUUCAUUAAAUUUCCUUUCAUGUGCAGUGUGGUCCAUUGUCAUCGUCAUCAUUGGUCAGGUAUUAAAGAGUUCCUCUUUUGAGUGGGGAUUUCUCAGCCUGACGUAUAAAUGCAGCUGCAGCUGCUGCCUUUACACAGACAAACACUGCUUACUGCAUCUGGUUCCAGUGUGAAAUUGUGGAUCAAGUUUUGCAGGAUGCAUACAUUUUUGCUCAUGGUUGUGUGGGCUAUACUGAGUGGCGCCAGCUCUGACACCCAGCAAGCAGAUGUCGAGACACUCAUGGAUAAUGUUGUGGUCCUGAGGGUGCCCUCUUUUACGGGUAGCAUGGUUCACGUUCCUUUGACCUGCGGAGAAGCUUUUCAGAAUAAGCCUGUGUUUUGGAAGAAAAAUGGUCAGGAGCUCAAUCCUCCUCUGCAGGGGAACCAAGUCCAGGUCCUGGUGGAGGAGAUGAAAGGAGGGAACUACACUUGCCACCUCAGUCCAAGUGGAGAAUACCUGAACCACACUAUGAUCUUAAUCCAGCUUAAUCCAGACAACAGGACAGUCAUAUUGGAAAACAGAGAAGGAGGUCACAUCCACUGCUCGGCACCAAACUAUACAGGAUUCUUUCACUGCUCCUGGAAAAGAACAGCGCUCAGAUCUGAUGCCAGUGUGGUUUUGGUUAAGGCUGAACGUUUUACCGAAGAUAUCCCCUGUGAGCUGGAUGCUGAUGCAUCAGGGGUUCGCUGCCAGGAUGCCCACUGCCCAUACAAAGAGGAGCAACAUCGCAUUUCCUUCACCGUUUACAUACGCAGCCAUGCUCGUUUGGAGACCUACACAAAGUCUUUCUACCUGAGAGAAAUCGUGAGACCGUCAAAACUCCCUAACCUGCACAUCAGUGAUGGGAAGGUGUUCAGCUGGGACUACCCUGAUACUUGGGAGAAACCCUGCAGCUUCUUUGGCCUACAGUUUGAGGUCAAGCUGGUGCACAGUGGACAUCCCUGCAACAGUGACAAUCAAAUAAUUAAUAUCACCACUGAUACAACCAAAUACGAGGUUGGCGUUAAGACCAAGAAGUAUGUUUUCUGUGUGCGAGCUCAGGACAAGUUCACCAGAGGGCCAUGGAGCCACUGGAGUCAGUGCACAGUGAACAAACAUAACGUGGCAUGCUAAGCGUUAGCCGCUGGACUCUGCUGCCGCACCAGAAAGAGGAAAACAGUUUUUAAAAAUAUUGUAAUUCAGAAGGAAAAAAAAUGGUCUAAUACAUUUUUUCAAGUGAUGCACAACAUAUGAAGCUGUGCUUCAGGAGUGAAUGUAUACCUGUACAGUAUUUAUUCAUCCCUCUUCAUCCCCAUUCGUUAUGUCUGUGGAACUACAGAACAAUGUUACAAUAAUGAUUUGUACUGUGAUUGAAAUGAAUUAGUAUUUCCUUCAUGCCCUUUUUAACUUAUUUAUAUCUGUUCAGAAUGUUUCUCAACAUUUUAUAAUAAAUUAAUGAA